AUGGACAGACGACACCUCGGCGUAGACAACAUGGCUAGCUAUCAAAUUUUCCUCCUCACAGUCAUCUACGUUCUAACGAUAGCACUCUGCGCGCCCUCCGAGAAGAUAGACAAAGAUGAUCUCAUAGUAGCAGAUAAAGAGGACCUUCAGACCGCUGCUUCUCACUGGGGCGGUGGUUGGGGGGGAUACGGUCUGUACGGAGGGUACGGGGGAUACUACCCCCAUUACGGUUACUAUGGUUACCCGACCUACGGCUACGGGUAUGGCUAUGGCGGUUGGCCGUAUGGGGGCUAUUAUGGACACCAUGGUUAUUGGUGGUAGUGAUCGAUAAUUUCCAAAGAUAGAAGCUAUGAAACUGAUGCAGUUUAUGUGAUAAGUUUACUAUGUACGCACAUCGAAUAAUCAUCAUCAUUGUAAUUAGACUGCUAUUACUAGUACCUCUUGUCAAGGACAGGGAUGUAGAGAGACCAUGGCUGGUAAAAAUGUUUGACUCCGUAACGAUUAUUGUUAGAAGUGUUAAGAUCUCUUUGAGGUGGUUUUUCAUGCGAUGGUUCAUAAAACAUAUUAUUUUCUCGACAUUACUUAAUGUAAAAAAUAAAACCAAGAGUUAUACAAGCGCUUCUAGGUCUCAUUUUUGGUUGGUAUAGAUUAGUGUCAUAUAUUUAGCCAUGAAUAUUUUAUCGAAUCUAAAGACUCCAAUAUACGAAUAUGAGCUGCAUAUAAAUAUAUACGAGUACCUAGUGCUUUGUAUAACUGAAGAUAGAACAGAAUAAUAACAAUAUUUAUUUUGUCUGUAAACUGGUGGAUACUUUUAUUACACUGAGAUUAUAAAAUUAUAAUGAUUCAUUUUUCCAUAUAUAUAUACAUAAUAUUUUAUUUAUACAUGUAAUUUACAUAAAUAAUAAUGCUUGCCUUAAAAUAUAUAAAUAUUAAUAUUUAUCUGAUAAAUAUUUUUAUUGUAUUCAAUUUAGAAGACGGUAUAAUUUACAUAUUUGAAUAUUAUAAUAUUGUUAAGAAGCAAUGUUACCAUGUAACUAUUUCAUAAUUGUUUUAAAUGUUGUAUAAAUAGUUAAGUUUAUUGUAUUAUUUAUUACUGAAUAAAUGUAAUAUAUGGAUUACUGUA